GGUAGGGAGCGUGUUGCCCGUCACCGCAUCCCGGCGGCCUGCGUACCUUUCCUGGCGCUGGGGCCGUGGCGCCGAGGCGCCGAGGGCGCAGACGUGAGCCUUGGAGGACCCAUCUUUGUGGUCAGGAAUUAAGCAGGGACUCAGCCGGGACGCUUGGAAGCACCUGAGGACUGAUUAAGAGGAGGGAGAGCCAGUGACAGGCCAUCUCCUGAGUCCCCGACCUCACCUGCUGCUCCAGCAGCCCCGUAGCUGAGUGGGGCCUCCAGGCCUGACUGGGACUCUCGCCGGAGAACUGACUCAGGGAGCCUCCCAGGAUGACUGUCUCACCGGGCAACCUGAAUAUGGUGGAAAAGUCCCGGAACUUCUCGGCUGACGACUGCUUCCACUCUCGGAGCACUGUCCUGCAGGGGCAGCCCUUUGGGGGUAUCCCCACUGUGCUGUUCCUCAACGUUAUCUUGUGGGUGGUCAUCGUCUUGGUUUACUCCUUCCUCCGGAAAGCCGCAUGGGACUACGGACGCCUGGCUCUGCUGAUACACAACGACAGCCUGACCUCGCUGAUCUAUGGGGAGCAGAGCGAGAAGACGUCUCCCUCGGAUAUUUCCCUGGAGAUGGAACACAGGGACAAGGGCUUCUAUUCCUGGUUUUUCAACACCAUCACCAUGAAGAACGAAGAUCUGAUUAGCAAGUGUGGAGACGAUGCCCGUAUCUACAUCAUGUUCCAGUAUCAUCUCAUCAUCCUUGUGCUUAUCCUCUGCAUCCCCUCCUUGGGCAUCAUUUUGCCCAUCAACUACACUGGAAAUGUUCUGGACUGGAAUAGUCACUUUGGUCGGACCACCAUUGUCAAUGUCUCCACAGAGAGUAAGUUCCUGUGGCUGCACAGCUUCUUCGCUUUCUUAUACUUUGUCACCAACUUCCUCUUCAUGACUCAUCACUGUUUAGGGUUUGUGCCCAAGAAGAGCUACAAGGUCACAAGGACACUAAUGAUCACCUAUGUCCCCACGGACAUCCAGGACCCAGAGAUCAUCAUUAAGCAUUUUCAUGAGGCCUAUCCAGGGUGCGUAGUGACCAGAGUCCACUUCUGCUACGACGUCAGGACCCUGAUUGACUUGGACGAUCAGAGGCGCCAUGCAAUGCGGGGCCGGCUCUAUUAUACUGCCAAGGCCAAGAAGAAGGGGAAGGUGAUGAUCAAGGUCCAUCCCUGCUCCCGGCUGUGCUUCUGCAAGUGCUGGGUUUGCUUUAAAGAGGUAGACGCAGAGCAGUAUUAUAGUGAGCUGGAGGAGCAGCUGACUGAUGAGUUCAACGCUGAGCUCAACCGCGUUCGGCUGAAGCGUCUGGACCUGAUCUUUGUCACCUUCCAGGACUCCAGGAUGACAAAGCACAUCCUGGAGGAUUACAAGUUCAUCCAGUGCGGUGUGUCGGCCCAACAGUCCUCGGUGACCACCGUCGUCAAAUCCGACCGCUGGAGGGUUGUCCUUGCCCCACACCCCAAAGACAUUAUUUGGAAACACCUGUCUGUCCGCCGCUUCCAUUGGUGGGCCCGCUUCAUCGCAAUCAACACCUUCCUCUUCCUCCUCUUCUUCUUCCUCACCACGCCUGCCAUCAUCAUCAACACCAUCGACAUGUACAACGUCACCCGCCCCAUCGAGAAGCUGAAGAGCCCCAUCGUGACCCAGUUCUUCCCCUCCCUGUUGCUCUGGGCCUUUACGGUGAUAUUGCCUCUGAUCGUCUACCUGUCCGCCUUCCUUGAAGCCCACUGGACCAGAUCAGCUCAGAAUCUGAUCAUAGUGCACAAGUGCUACAUCUUUCUGGUGUUUAUGGUGGUCAUUCUGCCCUCUAUGGGACUGACCAGUUUGGAUGUCUUUUUCCGCUGGCUCUUUGACAUCUACUAUCUGGAACAGGCAUCCAUCAGGUUCCAGUGUGUGUUCCUGCCAGACAAUGGCGCCUUCUUUGUCAACUACGUGAUCACGUCAGCUUUGAUUGGCACAGGCAUGGAGCUGUUGCGCCUGGGGUCCCUCUUUCUGUACACCACCCGCCUCUUCUUCUCCAGGUCGGAGCCGGAGAGAGUCCACAUCAGAAUGAACCAGGCCAUGGACUUCCAGUAUGGGCGCGAGUACGCGUGGACGUUGAACGUCUUCAGCGUGGUGAUGGCGUACAGCAUCACCUGCCCCAUCAUUGUUCCUUUCGGGCUACUCUACCUGUGCAUGAAGCAUGUCACGGACCGCUAUAACAUGUACUACUCCUAUGCACCCACUAAACUCAACGAGCAGAUCCACAUGGCUGCCGUCCACCAGGCCGUCUUCGCACCGCUCCUGGGUCUGCUCUGGAUGCUCUUCUUCUCCGUCCUGCGGUUAGGGCCGCUACACGCCAUCACCUUCUUUUCCCUCUCCACCCUUAUCGUUUCCAUGAUACUGGCCUGCGUUGGCACUUUUCUGGGGAAGAUUCGGAAAGCGUCUGACUAUGAGCCCGAGGAGGAGAUGGAGACCGUGUUUGACCUGGAGCCCAGCAGCACCUCCUCCACGCCAACUUCCCUUCUGUAUGUGGCCACCGUGCUGCAAGAGCCGGAGAUGAACCUGACCCCAGCCUCCUCCCCAGCCCGGCACACCUACGGCACCAUGAACGGACAGCCGGAAGAGGGAGAAGAGGAGAGUGGUGUGAGGGGCUUUGCAAGGGAGCUGGACUCGGCCCAGUUCCAGGAAGGGCUGGAACUGGAGGGCCAGAGCCAGUACCACUGACCAGGACCCAAGGUCUCCACCUGGCGACGCCAGCCGGGAGUGGCGGCCAGGGGAGAGCCCAGCAGGGGGAGGCAAGGAGGGUGGCCUGGACCGCCGCCCCACUACCUCCUGCAGACUUUGGGAAGGCCCCAACGGAGCCCCGGCUAUCUGUCGGCCACGUGGAGGCCCCGACCUGCUGACCAGCUAGAACGGGAGAUGACGGGCAGUGUCGAGGGACCUCAGGAUGGGAUGGAGGAUACCGGCGAGCACCAUGUCUUGGGAGCAGGGGCUGGAGCCCUGAGCACAGAGACUGAAGGCUGGGGGACUUCCUGGGGUCAUGGUGGAGAAGGUUCGCAUCAGGGAAGAGGCAGGAGGAAGCCCACUGAAGACUCUCUGGGGUCGUCGCCACCCUUCCACCAGCUGCCCUGCCCAAGGAGCUUCUGCUGCUGUCCUACCCUAACCCUCACUCCCAGCCCACCCCUCUCCUGCAGUCUGAGGAAGCAAAGGUAUGUAUGCUGGCCUCGCCAGCAAGACACAGACGGCCACCUCCUCCGGGUUUCCCUGCACGGGGAUCUGUAAAGAGAAAGUCUCUGCACCGGCCCGCAGGAAGGGGCAGCUGAGACCAUAGACUUAAAGGAGGCGACUGAGCCCCUUCCUAUUCCUCUGCCCCUCAUCAGAUGUCCCCAGGAGCAGCAGGGUAGAGAGCCUUCUUUCUAUUCCUGCAGGAGUAGCUGGGAUGUGGUCACGCAGGGCUCAUUAAACGGGACCUGUGUGCAUUUUGA